GUGUAUAUAUAGUGUGUCCUAGUUGUUCAUGACUCGCUGACGCGCCAAACGCAGAAUUGAUCGUGGGCCAAAAUUUUCCCCUGCCCCGGCAGCAGGCGCGCUCGCCAGCGCAGUCCAGGUUGACGUGGUUACGCUUUUAAACCUUAGGUUUGGAUCGACGAUGCACAAGUAGUCGGUAGCAACACUCUCUGAGCGAAGUUGCAAAAUGGCCAGCUCUACACGCGUGGUCAUCGUGGCUGUGGCCUUCACGGUCGUGGCCACUUUCUACUCUUUGAGCGAGCUCCACCGGAUGAGUGCUAUGCACACGGACGCGGAGACGACCAAGUUUGCUACGCACACGGGCGACAACAACCGUAUCCUCCGCGCGGGAGGUCAAACAAGCGCUAUUUCUAGCACUAGCGCUGGGACCGGGCAAGUAGGGAACACGGCGUCGGUCAGCACGACCAACACCGCCGCAACCACCUCGAGCAGCACGGCAGUGGUCGCAGCCACCACCACCACCACCACCGCCUCCACUGCCACAACUACGACCACCGGGGGGAGCUCCGGGGGCCACAAGUGCUACACGUAUGAGCACACCGAGCUUUGGGGUGAUGUGGUGGUAUGGGGAACUCUCAACAAGAAGAAGAGCGCUGGCGAAUGCUGCGAUGCUUGCCUGAACUACCAGCCCACUAGCCCGGAUGAGCCGGGCUGCAACGUGUGGGUGUACUGCGGUGACGAGGCAAAGUGCGGCUCUCAGCACCAGCAGUGCUGGCUGAAGCACCUGGUGCAUCCCGAGGCGAGCAAGCCAGCUCGCACGGGCCCCCAGACUCCCUGGACCUCCGGUACCAUUGACGUGGACAUCAACGCUGACCCCGGCUCUGAUGCCAAGGCCUCGGGAGCUCCCCGCAUGUUCCACACUGUCACCUCGGCGCAGGGCGCUGCCGUGCACUGGCAGGUCCGCAUUCACUACUACUGGUGGAAGAAGCGGAAGGAGGAGUGCCAGAAGCAGGGCAACUGCGAGAUGGGCGGCUUCACUCGCCUGCUGCACAGCGGCCAGAGCGACGACCUGAUGGACGAGCUGCCCACCGUGGUGGUGGACCCGCUGCCGCAGAGCAUGGUGGAGCACUCGUGGUACGUGGUGCUCAACCGCCCCUACGCCUUCGUGCAGUGGACCCAGCGCGUCAAGAUUCCGGAGCCGUACGUGCUCAUGAGCGAGCCCGACCACAUUUACCUGCGCCCCAUGCCCAACUUCAUGAAGGGCAACGCGCCAGCGGCCUUCCCCUUCUUCUACAUCGAGCCGUCGAAGGCGGAGAAUGUGCACAUCACCAAGAAGUUCACCGGCGAGAUCACUCAGAAGCAGCUGGAGGAGAUUGCGCCCAUCGGCAACAGCCCCACCUUCAUGACCUUCGAAGACAUGAAGAAGGUCAUGCCCACCUGGAUGAACGUCUCCAUCGCCGUGUUCAAGGACCAGGAGGCCAACUCAGUGUGGGGCUGGGUGCAGGAGAUGUACGGCUUCACCAUUGCGCUGUGGCUCAACGGCAUCAAGCACGUGGACCUCUUCCUCAACAUGCAGGCGCAGCCGCCGUGGGACCAGGAGAUGCACAUGGCCAACGGCAAGCCCUUCUACAUCCUGCACUACACCUACGGCAUGGAUUACAAGCUCUCUGGCGAGUUCACUCCCGGCAAGUUCGGCGAGUGGCGCUUCGACAAGCGCACCUACGGCAGCCGCCCGCCGCCGCGCCACCUGGGCGAGCCUCCCAAGAACAUGAAGAACGACCUGGUGCGUGCGCUCAUCAACAGCAUCAACGAGGCGUCCGCCGCGCUCCCCUGCUGGGACCAGUACGCGGAGACCGGCAAGGCCGUGUACGACUGUGACGAGAUCAAGACGCUGACGGACCCGCGGUUCAAGAACGACGGCAAGGGCAUUGCAUGAGCAGCCCGCGAAGCUCAAGGCAUUCUGUCACAGUACAUGUAGCCACUGUGUGGUGGCUGCAAAGUCUAGCGAAGUAAGGAUAUCAGUGGAAAUGAAGAUGGUGCAUGCAGACGAGAGGGGCACCACGCGUGCGUUUCAUUGGCCAUACACUUAGGCAAGGACGUGACCUGCUACCUGCUGGAGUGAGGGCGGUGCGCUGGGCCGACCUAUUGGUCAGCGUUUAGAGUCGCGGUUUCGCACCGCGCUAUAAGGAGAUGUUGGCAUAAGACGAGAAGCACUCGAGUGCAUUCUGCCGCGCUAAGCCUAUGUGUAACGGUGGCUUGUUUU